CCUAAUUCGUAUCUUAUUUAACCUUUCUAAAGUGUAAAGUAUGGCCACUUUAACACAGAAAUUUCACGGACUUCUGCAACACCCGCUGGAGCCACUGUUUCUUCCCAAGAACGAUGGCACACUUUUCUACGAUAUUCCGGAGCGCUUUCUUACCUCGCGCUAUAGUCCGAUUGGGCAAAAUUUGGCCAAUCGCUUCGGACCAAAUUCAUCUGCCUCGUCGCAAGUCAGCAAUGAUACGGGCGUGCCGCCAACGGUGGUGACAAUCAAAGAUUUGGACGAGCUGCCGGAUCUUAUGUUCGCCACGUGGAUUAAACGGCGGGACUCGUUCUCCCUUUUCAAUCCGGAACAUCGAAAAGCGGCUGGAAAGCUGACCAAACUGUUCUUGGAUCAACCGGAUGCGAAUAGGCUCGUCGAUGUGGCCGCUUACGCUCGCGAUCGUCUGAAUGCACCAUUGUUCCAGUACGCACUGUCCGUGGCGUUGCUGCAUCGUCCGGACACGAAGAGCGUGUCCGUACCGUCGUUGUUACACCUGUUUCCAGAUCAGUUCAUUGAUCCGGCUGCCCAGGUUAGGAUGAUGGAAGAAGGAUCAAUCGUGCUGGAUGAGAACCGGAUGGCGAUUCCCAUUCCAAUGAACUAUACCGCAACGGAUGCAGAGCCUGAGCAGCGAAUGGCAUUCUUCCGAGAGGAUAUUGGAGUAAAUCUGCACCACUGGCACUGGCAUUUGGUAUAUCCCGCUUCUGGGCCACCAGAGGUUGUGCGGAAAGAUCGACGGGGCGAGCUAUUCUACUACAUGCACCAGCAGUUGCUCGCCCGCUACCAGAUUGAUCGUUUUGCGCAAGGACUGGGACGAAUUGAACCCUUAGCUAAUCUGCGCGAACCGGUGCGCGAAGCCUACUACCCUAAGUUGUUGCGUACAUCCAACAAUCGCACAUUCUGUCCCCGAUAUCCCGGGAUGAUGAUCAGUGACGUUGCACGCAGCGCUGACCGGUUGGAGGUUAGAAUAGCUGAUAUCGAAUCGUGGCUUCCCCGCGUACUAGAGGCGAUCGAUGCUGGAUUUGCUGUCAGUGAUGACGGUGUAAGAGUGCCUCUGGACGAAACAAGAGGUAUAGACGUGUUGGGUAACAUUCUUGAACGAUCGGUCAUCUCUAUCAAUCGCAAUUUGUACGGUGAUGUGCACAACAUGGGACAUGUGCUGCUGGCUUUCAUUCACGAUCCACGCGGAACGUAUCUGGAAUCGUCCGGAGUGAUGGGAGGUGUAGCAACUGCUAUGCGGGAUCCGAUCUUUUAUCGCUGGCACAAGUUCAUCGACAAUAUUUUCCUCCGGAACAAAGCUCGUCUCGCUCCGUACACCACGGCCGAACUUUCUAAUAGCAACGUAACGCUGGAAGCGCUUGAAACGCAGCUCGAUCGCGCUGGUGGCGCUGUCAACAGUUUUGUAACGUUUUGGCAGCGCUCGCAAGUUGAUCUGCGUGCUGGAAUAGACUUUUCUGCAGCAGGCAGUGCCUUCGUCAGCUUCACGCAUCUUCAGUGUGCUCCAUUCGUUUAUCGGCUUCGCAUCAAUUCGACUGCUCGCUCAAACAGACAAGACACGGUACGGAUCUUUCUCUUGCCGCGCCAAAACGAGCAGGGUCGCCCUUUGUCUUUUGAGGAUCGUCGUCUGCUGGCCAUCGAGCUGGACAGCUUCCGUGUAAAUUUGCGCUCCGGCAUGAACAACAUCGUACGACAGUCGUCCAACACGAGCGUUACGAUUCCUUUCGAGCGGACCUUUGGUAACGUGGAGCAGGCUAACGCAGGCAAUGCACAAUCGCGAUUCUGUGGUUGCGGUUGGCCGGCACAUAUGCUACUGCCGAAAGGAAAUGUGAACGGCAUCGAGUUUGACCUGUUUGCAAUGGUCUCUCGGUUUGAAGACGAUAACGCUAACGUUAACUACGAUGAGAAUGCUGGGUGCGAUGAUUCUUACGCGUUCUGCGGACUGCGGGAUCGCGUUUACCCUAGUCGUCGUGCGAUGGGCUUUCCAUUCGAUAGAAGAGCAUCGAACGGUGUUAGAUCAGUGGCUGAUUUUGUUGCACCGUACAAAAACAUGCGAUUGGCGACAGUGACCUUACGUUUCAUGAAUACUAUUAUCGAUCGUCCCACAAACUAAUAAAAACACAAAAAACGAUGCAAUUAUUGAACAAUAUAUAACGAUUUAUGAAUAAACUUUUA